AUGUCCUCCACCCGCUCCAACCCGACCUACGCCAGCACGCCUUCGCAUCUCCUCGACGCGCUCAAACAACUCUCCACAUGCGAAGCAAGUCGAUCCGUUCCUCUGCUCUGCUCCCGCUCGUCCAACUCGCCGCGCACGACCCCUAACCCACACACACCUUGCCCCCCCCCCCCCGCCCCCCUCCCCUCCUGGCUCUUCUCCUGCCACCCGCACGACCUCGCAGAUCUCGGACGCGCUCGUCAAGCUGCAGAUCCCCUCCGGAGGCCACGUACCCGACCUACAACCGUUCGGGGCUAACCCCACCUCAGCAAAGGACAGACUCGUCGGUGAAGUGUUUACCGUCCAGGUCCGUUUCGCCGGUACAGUUCCCCAGAAUCGACCCUAGCUCCAGACCGAGGCAUAGCUCUGAUCUGGCUCACCCCAAUCGAACAUAGAUGGUCGAUGCGAACGACUCACAGGCGCCCAAGCUGGACGGAGGACACUUUGUAGGUACUCUCUCUUCCCCGAGUCGACGCGGUCCGAAAGAGCAGCAGCAGCAGCAGCUCAUCUCCCCCUCCCUCCCGUCUCCUCAAUCACAGGUCGACCAGGCCCUUCCAGGCAGUAUCGUCUUCAUUUCCUCGCCUCAUCGUAAGCCCUCGGAUAGUAUCCACCAGCGCCUUUGGACCUCCCUUCCUGACUGACUCGCGCCUGACGACGAGCAGACAUCAAGUCCGCUUCCCUCGGUGGCCUCCUCGCCGCCGGUCUGCACGUCAAAGGUGUGCAAGCCGUCUUCAUCGAUGGGAGGUGUAGGGAUCUACCAGAGAUCCGAACCCUGGGGAUGCCUGUCAGUCUUUUCGAGUGCAACCCUAUAUACUCUGCCGCAACUCGGAUCGACCCCCCACCCCCACCCCCACCCCCACUUGCACUAACCCCUCUCCUCGGCAUGUAAAAAAUAGGUCUGGGCGAGCUCUCACUCGACUCUAGGUCAAUCACCCUUCACCCGACCUUCGACGAUCCAACAACCGCUGACGAUCACCCACCCCCACUGGCCCGCUCUGACCAUCUCCCCGCACGACGUCUUGAUCGCCGAUCUCGACGGCGUCGUCGUCGUACCCUCCGCCAAAGUAGAGCAAGUGGUCGAGUUGGCGAUCAAAGCCAAGCAAGUCGAUCAAAACUGUAUGAACGAUAUCCUCGAGGGGAAAGGGAUCGCAGAAACUUUCGCCAAGCAUCGAGGCAAGACGGGGAAGCAUUAG